AUGGAUAUUGUAUUACAACAACAACCAACUUAUUUAACACCAACACAAUGUGCUCGUCAAUUUGCUGAUGAUCUUCUUGAAAAUAAAGAUAUUGCUAUAUCAAUGUCUCAUAUGAUGUCUCCGUCAUAUUUAAUAUCAUUAAUAAAUAUUGCUGAAAUGUAUUUAACAUAUGAACGAUCAUUAUUUUUAUCAACAGUAGCCGAAAUUGGUUUACUUUGUUCGAAUAAAUAUUAUGAACGUGUUCAUUAUUUUAUAUCAUUUCUUGAUGAACUUAUUGAAUUUCAUAAUGAUAUUAAAUAUAAAAUUUUAAUAGAAAAAUAUUUAAAUAGAAUUGUUUAUGCUGAUUUAACUGAUCAUUUUAUAUCAUAUCCAAUAAUAUUACAAAUUCAAAUUAUGGCUAUUAUUGAAAGUACACCAAUACUUCAUUUUCCAUUAAUACGAGAUGGAUCAGAAUCUGAUCAAUCAAAAAUUGAUUUAUUUCUUCAAGAUGCUGCUCGAUAUUUUCAUAAUAUUUCAUCACGUUCACUUUAUCGUCGAAUUGUCUUUCGUCUUAAUUCACAAAUAUGUUCUCAACAAUCAAUAUUACGUGCACUUAUUAUUGGUUGUAUAUUUUUACCAUUAACAUGUCAUGCAGCAUUUUUAGAUGAACUUUAUAAUUUAUUAUCUAAACAACCAAUUUUAUUAUCAUUAACAAAUAUGGAAACAUUUUUUCAUGUUCUAUGGCCAACUGGAAUUAAUCAAUCAUAUUCUGUACCACGAGUUUAUCUUUCACAAUUAUUAAUUGUUCGUUUAAAUAAUAUUCAAAAAUAUUUUGCACAAAUUAUUCAAAUUUGUUUUUUAAUACAUCUUCGUGUACCAAAUAUACGUGUUAAUCUUAUGGAUAUUAUUGAACCAUUAUGUGAAACAAAAGGUUUUCAACAAUAUUUAGAUCAACAACAACAAGAAUUUAAUUUGUCUCGACAAGAUGAUCAACAAAAUGUGUCUAUCUUAGAACCAAUACUUUGUCAAGUUCGUGAACGUAUGAAAAGAGGAUUUCGAUUAAAACAAUUAUGUCGAAUGAAAAUUCGAUCACAUCUUGCUAAAAAUACUAAUUCAUAUAUACUUACACAAGUUAAUCAAUUGAAAGAAUUAUCUGAUACAAAUAAAACUUAUUUAACAUAUAAUUUAGAAUUAUUACUCAAUGAUCCAGAAAAUUUUUUUGACUCAACACAACCACAAAAUGAACCAAUAUGGAAUUCAAGUAUUCCACCGCCACCAUCAAUUCAAAUAUUUUUACGAAGCUUCCAAAAUACAGUGGUAAGGCACAGAAUGGCAUCUAAUUAUUGGACCGAAAAUGAUCUCGAACGUGUUAUUCAAGACUUUAAUCCAGCAAGAUUUUUUGGACUUCCAUCUGAUAUGUUUAACCAGAAAGGUGAUCUUCGAUAUUGUAAUGAAGAACCGGUGAAGUUAAGCCGUGGUAAAUGGGACUAUUACACCCCUUUUAAAAAUUGGAUACGUUAUGGUUUGGAUAUCGAUAAAUUUGGUUCUAGUGGUGCACAGUGGCUUGCAUGUGAUGGUGGUGCUGGUGAAUGGGCUGUUGGAUUUCAUGGAAUUCGUCGUGAUGUAUUGGAAGUCUUGAAAGCCAUAGCCUUUGAAGGUUUUAAAGUUUUUCAAGGCAAGAACAGUGAAUGGGGUGUAACUUCAAAAGAUGUUGGUCCAAAUGCAUCUUUAUUUAAUGAGACAACAUGUGGAAAAGGUGUAUUUUUAACACCAAAGGUAAAACAUUUGACAGAUAAUAGUGAACAUUGUCGAUUAGUCAAACCGAUUCAAUACAAUAAAUAUUACUAUAUAGAAAUUGCUUUACAAUGUCGAAUUCACCCAAAAAAAAUUCGAGUACCAGAAUGUUCCAAAAAUGAAUAUUAUAUUGUGAACGAUCCGAAGUAUGUUCGCCCAUAUGGAAUUAUUAUUCGUUUUUUGACCGAGGCUCAAGCAAAAAGUAUUUUAGAAGAUAACAAUUUUAAUUUAGAACCAGCUAUUCCAUUUGUUAAACAAGAGACAAAUAAUUUAGAACAAUUAAUGGGACUCUUUAAGGUAUAA